AUGACUAGGAGGUCCAACAAGGACAACCUAGUUGAACAUCCAGAGAUAGACAAGCUUGAGAAGCAACUUAGGAAGCAGAAAGCCCAAGAGAUGGCCGACGAAGCAGCUCGCGCUCACGCCGCUGAAGUGGCGCGCGCUCAAGAAGAAGGAAGAGAUCCACCUCCUCCUCCUCCUAAUCCACAAGACCUGCUGGAGAUAAACCCUAUCCAUCCACCACUUCCUGCAAGGAAUGACUAUGAGAUCAAGCCUCAGAUCAUAGCAUUGGUUAGACAGAACCAAUUCAAUGGACUUCCAGCUGAGCACCCUCUUGAUCACAUAGAAAACUUUGAAGAAAUUUGCAGCACUACAAGAUCCAAUGGAGUCUCUGCUGACUACCUUGAAGUGCAAGCUCUUUUCAUUCUCUCUUGGCGACAAAGCUUCAAGAUGGUUGAAGAACAAGAUCUCCACUUUCGCCAAGCCAACAAUGAAUCUUUCUAUGAGGCGCUAGAUCGAUUCAAGGAGUACAUUAGGGACUGCCCUAAUCAUGGUUUCAAUGAGGGAAACCUAUGGAACAUCUUCUAUCGUGGCAUAGACCACAAGUACAAGCUUUCAUUGGACACUGCAAGCAAUGGAAACUUCAUGACCAAGACUGUUGAUGAAGCUAAGGUUCUUAUUGAGAAUCUUGCAGCUAGUGAUUGUAACAACUGUCCUGAUUAUGACCGCUCAAGCCGCACCACUACUAGCUCCCCUGAUUCUUUUCAAAUGACUGAACUCAAGAACAUGAUGGCUCAAGUUCUUAAGGGACAGCUCAAGCAUAUCAAUGCAAUAGAAGGGAUGAGUGAUGCUAAUGAAGAUUCAUCAAGAGAAUGCAUGGGAGAUUUCUCUAAUGAAGCCAAUGAAGAAGAUGUGAACUACAUUGGAAACUAUGGGAACAAGGGAUACAAUCCAAGCUAUCGCCCAAACCCCAACAUGUCUUAUAGAAACCCCAAUGUGGAGAAUCCUCAAGACCAAGUGUAUCCUCCAAGGUAUCCACAACAACAAAGACCUCCUUACCAAUCUCAAGGAAGUCAAUUUCAGCCAAGGCAAGGAUAUGAGCAGAGAUCAUCAUAUCCGCCCAAGGAGCCAUAUGCUUCUUCACCAAAUCAAGCUCCUCCAAACCAACAAGGUGGGAGAUUUGAAGGAAUCCUCCAACAGAUCAUGGAUGGCCAGAAGAGAAACAUAAAGAGAUGUAUGAGAAGAUGGACACUUUGUUCAGCAAUCUCAACACCAAGUAUGAUGCUGUUGCCACUCAUGUGA